AUGCUUGACUUGAAGUCUCGCGUCCAUGACGCGGAACCCAAUUCUUCCACCUCCGCCUCCCCCACGAUUCCUCCUCCCACAAUUACCUCGACCUCCUCGACCACUCCGAUCACCCCGAUUAUCCCUCGCGCAUUCGACCCCCAUGCCUCACUGGUGCUAGUAGGUAUUCGCGGCUGUGGCAAGCGGUCCCUUGGAUUUGUCGCCGCCACAGCCCUGAAGCGCCGGUUUAUCACUGAAGAUCACUACUUCCGCGAGGCGACAGGCGUCACCCGACAUGAAUACCUCAAACAAUAUGGCAGUCAGGAGUUUCAGCGCAGAGAUAUUGAGGUGCUCAAAUUGAUGCUGGACAAUCAUAAAACCGGCUGUGUCAUUGAGUGCGGACUCGGAAGUCUUACGCGCCCGGUUCAGGACCACCUUCGCCUCUAUUCUCAGACACACCCUGUCGUGCAUCUCGUCCGCGAUAUCGACCGCAUACAACAGCUUCUCGGGUUGGAGGACCAGUCGGUCCGACUUCUGCGUGAGGGCGAUCCACUUCACCGCACUUGCUCCAAUUUCGAGUUCUUUAAUGUGGAGGACCGGACGCGCGUCGGGUCUGAUGAUGGUACUCCGGACCCACGAUCCGCUGCUUACUCGUUUAAGCUGCAGGAAGUCAAGGAAGACUUCACCCGUUUCGUUCGCUUUGUGACAGGUGUCGAUGUGAAUCACUCGAGUUACGAUUCGCCAUUUGUGUUGCUAGAGACGCCCCCAGAACUUCGGUCCUAUACACAUGCCAUUUUUAUUCGCUCAUCAGAUCUCAUCGCCGAUAAUGUCAAUCUCCCCGAGCUGGAAUCGGGAGGUGAUGCCAUUGAACUCUGCGUCGACCGAUGGGGCCCCGAUAUGCCGAAUGUGAUCAGCAAACAGGUCUCGAUCUUACGACGCAAUGCGCAGGCCCCCGUGAUUCUUUCUGUCGACACGUCUCCCACCGGCAUUGGCGCGGCCGAUGCGCCAGAUUUGCAGUACUUCGAUAUAUUGGAACAUGGACUGCGACUAGCUGUCGAAUACCUGGUUGUCGACCUCGAACGGAACCCGACCCGACUUGCCCGAGUGAUCCGGGCUCGAGGAAAGACCAAGAUUAUCGGCCAACGGGUUUUUGAGCCGUCUUCCGAUAUCAAGUGGGAGGACGAGACGUGCGUGCACUCCUACCAAGAAGCAAAAAAGAUGGACUGUCAGCUAGUCCGAUUCCUGCGUGUCGCAACCUCACGCGAGGACAACGCGACAGUCCUAGAAUUCACCAAUCGCAUUCGGUCAAUGCCAGGCGAACAUCCUCCCCUCAUCGCUUAUAAUAUCGGUCGCCUUGGACGGACAUCACAAGUUUUCAAUUCAAUUCUGACCAGCGUGACGCACCCAGCUAUCACUCGGUCAGAGGAGAACGAACGUGAUUCACAGAUUACAUCGCGAGACGCCGUCCGAGCGCUUUUCCAGAGCUAUGUACUAGACCCGUUACAGUUUUGCAUUCUCGGCGCAAAUCAUCCCCGACUCCCCUCGCUCGCUAUACUGGAUCGCCUUCGCAAGGACCCCCAAUUUGGAGGGUCGAGUGUUGUUCAGCCCUGGCGAGUCGACACAUACCACAAACUUGCUGCCAAGAGUCAACACGCCGAGGCCAUCGGUGCUAUUAACACUAUCAUGCCGUUACGAGGCUCCUCUGACGGUACAAUCUACCCCCUUCGAGAGCAAGCUAGCCGACGGAACCAGGCUGGCCCUGUGCUCGGAUGGUAUGGAGAGAAUACUGAUUGGGUGGGAAUCAUGACUUGUUUUACCCGCCACCUCUCCCCGCGUAACGCAAUCAGUGCCAAAACCACAGGCCUAGUCAUCGGCGCAGGUGGAAUGGCUCGCUCGGCUAUAUACGCGAUGCUCCGACUUGGCUGCCGGAAGAUCUUCAUCUACAACCGAACGCAAUCUCGAGCCAACGAGGUGGCAAGGCACUUCAACUCAUGGGCUUCAUCGCAGGUUGAUUCUGCGGAUGUGGUGCGCAUCUUACGUUCCACUCAGGAUGACUGGCCAGACGAUGCCAAUCCGCCUAGUCUCAUUGCGUCUUGUGUACCGGCCGACCCGGAUCGAGAUGAGCCCCCGGCGAACUUCGAGAUGCCUCUUCAAUGGCUGGGAAGUCCGACUGGGGGUGUUGUUCUAGAAUUGGCCUACAAACCCCUAGACACCCCUCUCCUCCUGCAAAUGCGUCGCAUUCGGGCUGAUACUGGACGACCGUGGGUUCUUUCUGAUGGACUAGAGAACGUGAUCGAACAAGGCAUUGCGCAAUUCGAAUUGAUGACAGGUCGGAAAGCGCCUCGUCGACUGAUGACUGUUGAGGUGCUCCGCAAUUACAAGGGCGAUGAUGGGCGGUUUGAUGAUAAGACUAUCCAGGCCAGACUGGAUGGUGUUUGUUCAUAG